GCGUGAAAACAAAGGACGUCAGUUAACGUUCCACGAUGGCAAUACAACUAUCAGCUUCAUUCCUGACUAUUAUUUUGGCCACAUCCUCAGCCUGGCCGUACUUCCGACGUCGGGACAUAUUUGACAACACAGUGGACAGUCCCAACGGGCCGCUGAGCCACAUACGAAAUCUCGAGGACGUACUUUUCGGUUUACCGAAUAAUGACACCGGAAGAAAGGUAGCCGCAUGGAACGAGGAGUUGGAGAUUAAUCCAGAGGAGCUCGGGGAGUAUGCCGAGGGUGACAUCCUCUUCCCGUUUGGAAUGGGUCGCAACGGUCUGAAGUCGGAGAGCAUGCGGUGGCCUGGGGGUGUAGUCCCUUAUAUGAUCAGCCCCUACUUCACUGGUGCGGCUUUGAAUCUGAUCCACGAAGCCAUGAAUGACUUCCACACAAAUACGUGCAUCAGGUUCAAACCCUACGUCGGGGAAGAAACCGAUUACAUAAGAAUUGCAGCCGGGAACACCGGAUGCUGGAGUAGCGUCGGUCGGACCGGAGGUAGGCAGGAUGUGAACCUCCAGGUACCGGGAUGUGUCACCAAAAAGGGAACAGUAAUUCACGAACUGAUGCACGCGGUUGGAUUUUUGCACGAACAGAACAGAUGGGAACGCGACGAUCACGUCGUCAUCAACUGGGGAAACAUCCAAUCAGGACGCAGGAACAACUUCGAGAGAGCAACGAAGGAAACUACCGACGCAUUCGGUAUCGGAUAUGACUACGGAAGUGUAAUGCAUUACUCGCCGAACGCUUUUUCCACUAAUGGGAGGCCGACUAUUGAGCCCAAGGAGCCCGGCGGUCUUCUCCCGAUGGUCGGUGAGUACUUCUUCGGCAAAACCAAGGUAGUUCUUGGACAGCGCGAAGGGUUCAGCACGAAAGACAUCCAAAAAAUCCGGCGCAUGUACCAGUGUAGCAAGCGAAGGAGGAGCUACAACUAGUUAAUUUAUCGAAACUGGAUUUUAAUCAACUUUUCACGAUUUGAACUCGUCACGCGAUUUUCCUACAAGCUUGGAGCCCGACUUUCCUCUGUUAUC